GGGCAUCGUUGGUGUCGGUGAUGGGACUGCUCAAAGUGCUUGGUGAAUGUGAGUCUGCGUGGGCUCGAUGGGCACUCCCUCCUCUGUCUGCAGGACCCAGAGAAAGCGACUCCCCGACUCAGCGGCAGGACAUCUCGUUUCUGUUCGGGUGCGCUGUCGAUCAAACAAAGCCCAGAACCACAACUCCGCCCCGCCCAUGCCGCUCUGCUUUGGGGCGAAUCAGCGGCUCUGUUCUGCCAUCGCCUCGGCACCAUCCGCACAACCAAGCCGCCGAAAGCAACGCAAAUGAGCACGGCCGGUCUUGUCGACAUGGACUCAUUCUUCUCGGACCGAUCGCUGGACGACAACGACGAGAAGCCGUCGAUUGGUCCCGUUUCAAUACAGGGCCCGCCGCGAUGCGGCAAAACAGCGCUCCUUUUCCAAUACGCCUAUGCCCAUGCUCUGCAGUCGCCAUCGAGCCACGUCCUGUUCAUAUCGCCGGGACAGGACCGACUCAGCGGCCUCUUCCAGACACAGAUCGAGGCACUGGGUUCCUUUCGUCACCAGGAUGAGGGCAGUCGAAGCCGAUAUCAAAGUCAAAAUCAAAAUCGCAACCGAAGCCGAAGCCGAAUCGACCCGGCUGUCAUGAAGCGCAUCCACCACCGCUACAUCGACUCGGCAUUUACGCUCUCGUGCUUUCUCUCGUCACUGACACUGCUCGGGAGCGAGCCGCGGCUGGCGGAAUACCCAGCCUGCAUCGUUAUCGACGACCUUGUCGAGGUCUUUGCCCCAGAUGAGCUCGAAGCUGACUGUGUCGUUCGGGUCUUUGGGCUGCUGAACGAUACGAUACAAGCGAUCCGACAGAAAAGCAGAAACCGUUGCCAGGCCGUUGUCGGGUUCUCUAUCCCUGGAAACAGCCAAGUCGCCGCAAUCUUUCACAAAGCCUGUCGCCGAUAUACUCGUUGGGAAGGGGCGAUCGAGCCAGGUAAGCGCUGCCGGACAGACAAGCCCCUCCCCGCAAAGUUGACCGCUGAGCCUAUCGAACGAAGGUUCCAACCCAAACCACGCCGCGGACCAUGCUCUAGUCACGGCAGGGCUGACGGGUGUUGCAUUGGUCUGGGUGACAGAUCCCGCCAGACCCAAUGUCUUUCGGCUGGUGUUUUCGCAGUCGCCCCUCUUUGCCAGCCUCGGGAGCGAUGAUCUGGACGAGACACCCGACCUCGAUGUCGCUCUGGAGACGCCGGCGCCACGCGGGCUCUCGGGCCUCGAACAGACGUACC